AUGCAUUAUCCUCGCAAAAGUUGAACACAAGUUGAAAGUGUGCGUGGUGUGAACUUGCACCAGGUGAAGCUGCAAACACGCUCAAGGUCUUGAUGCCCACGCGCUCCGAAACAGGCGGACAUGAGCACCAGCAGCGGGGCCAAAGAGUCGUCUCCUCCCCGGCCGAGCGGCCCCCAACCGCCUGCUGCAGAGCCUCCACAACGCAGGGGCCGAGGUCGUCCACGUAAACAGCAGCAGGAGCCGGUUGGACCGCCCACUCCAAAGCGACCGAGGGGACGACCGAAGGGCAGCAAGAACAAAGGGCCAAAAAGUGCACUGAAGAAAGUCGAGCCCGCUGGACAAAGACGACCUCGUGGGCGACCAAGGAAAUGGCUCCAACGGGUGGUUGAAAACGCGAGUGACGAGCAGGAGGUGUUCUCAGAAGGAGGUCAGACCCGAGGAGCCGCGCCGUCUGAGCCCUCGUCAUCUCAGCAGGAAGGCCGGGAGGAAGGCCACUAGUGAAGGAUGCAUCAGCACCUACCUCAAGGUUUGACCGGAUGAAGGGAUGCAGGGAAAUACACACACUCCAACGUGCGAUGAAAGAAUUGACUGAUUGAGUUGAAUGAGGGAAAAAAAAAAGUCACCAGCCUGUGCAAUAGCACCUGCAACCGUGUAAUCUUGUUUUUUUAAACUUCUGCUAAAAUAGAUUUUAAAAUAACCACAUAAACCACACAAAAUUAUUAUUCUACAAGACCGACAUUUGAUUUGUUUUUAAAUUCGCACAGUGACUCUCACUGGCCGUAAUUUGCCCACCCCUGACUUAAGCCCGCGUGCUGACAUAUGAUCAUAAUUCCAUUGUUUUCUAUUCAACCCUACAGCGUAGACGUGUGUCCAAGGAACUCAAAUGUACUCCUGUAUGUUUUUAACUGAUGUACUUAAAGGAAAACUGCACCUUUCUUGGAAUUUUCCCAUCACCCGCAAUCCUUAGGUGACAUGUCUUUCUUUUUUCUGUGCAUUCUAAAGAUAUAAAAACAGCUAAAAAGAAGCAGCUCAUUUAUGCAUGUAAUGGUUUUUCCACCUCCAUAAAGGCUUUAUAGGCGAAAUAGGUGCGUCCGAUUGUCCCGUGUUUUCUUAGUUGCCUUUUUUUUUUAGCUGUUUUUAUAUCUUUAGAAUACACAGAAAAGAGACGCGUGUUCAUGUCUCACAUCCGGAUUGUGGAUGAAAGUGCAGUUUUCUUUUAAAGGAGACCUGUUGUUGCUCUAUAGGAGUCCACAACACAACACAAAGGGCUGAAAACGGGUCCACUUUAAGGCUAUGAAAUUUUGAAAUAGUGUAUUUUCAUUUGUUCCCAAUACAAUUCACAUGAUACUUUCAUUUUUGCAAUUUUUCUUUUUAACAAAAAAAAUCAUUUAAUGUUUGUUUUUUUUAAUGCAAACAAGAUUUAUUUUUUAUUUUCUAAAAACACAAAAAAAUCACGAAUAUGUAUUUUUUAUUUUAAAAAUGCAGACAUUUUUUAAAAUACUCAAAAAAAAAAAAAUUACUUGGCAUUUUUCUGCCGCUGCCCUCAGGUUGUGAGGAUGCCAGUGCUUUUAGACCACCGUGAAAGCUCAGGUACAAAAUUAUUCAGGUUUUCAGUACUCAGUAGUAGUAAUUAUUUGACUAUGACUUGUUAUGUUAUGUAUUUCAUUUCAUUGUGCUUUGAUAGAAAGACAUCACUUCAACCACUUUUCCCCUCAUUUCUCCUCACCUGUCACUCUACCUCAGCAACACACAAGACGGACCAUCUCUGUUUGAGUACUGACAAACACAUUUUACUGCCAUGUACCGAUUAUUAUUACCGAUAUUAUUUUUAGAAAUGCAGAAAACACAAAAAAUGUUUACAUCAAAAAUAUGACUAAUAGGCUUUUUCAGGGGUCCUCAUUUUUCAUACUUUUAUCCUGCACUGUAUAUUUUGUGUGUGACAUUUAAUGUCAUCUAUCGCUCAAUAGUUUAAUGUUUAGUUUAGUUGUUUCACGCAAUUAAAUCAAUUAGCAGGAGUGCAAAUAUUUCUAAUAAUAAUAACUGGACCUAAACAGUAGCGCUUAUGAUCACGUUCACGUUCAAGUUCUUUAUUUACAAACAUGUUGCAUUCAGUUCAACUCGUUUAAGCUGACGACAAAUGAUGACGCAAUGGUACGUGAAAAAAAAAAAAAACUAGCCGACGUUAACAAGUGACUAAUCCAUACCGGACACACAGUUCCUAUGCUUGUUAGAGAAUAAGGAACUAGGUUAUUUCCUUCUCUUCCCGCUUAAAAACCAGAUUGUAACCGCAGCAAGCAACAAUAGUUCCUAUGGGGUUAUGGUUUAUUGGACAAGGACAACUUCAGCUGCUAGCAUUAGCCGCAAAUGUAGAUGGAAUUGGUGUGUCCCAUUAUGAGCUGCCUCUUUUUAGCUGUUUUGAUAUCUUUAGAAUGCACAGGAAUGAGAAAAACGUGUGUUCAUGUAAGUGUAAGGAUUGUGGAUGAUUCCACAAAAAUUCCACAAAAAGUGAAGUUUUCCUUUAGACAGGAUAAGAGUGGUCCUUUUGGGUGUUUCUGUGCAGCGAAUACACCAUACUGUAUAUUUUGUGUGUGUGUGAGAGAUUUAUUUUAACAAGUUGCUAUUGCUGUUUUGUUUUGUUUUUUUUACAUUUUAUCAGCCUU